CCGCACGCAUUACAGAAGCCAGACGGUUAUAAAGUGAGAGGUGAGGGGAGGUCCCUAGCCCGCAAGUCGUAGCCUGCUCACCUGACGCUCGCCCGGCCGCCCAUCUCGCUGGAUCCCAGAGAGCCCGUAGCUCCAUUGCACCAUGUGUGGCAUUUGGGCCCUCUUUGGCAGUGACGACUGCCUUUCUGUUCAGUGUCUGAGUGCUAUGAAGAUUGCACACAGAGGUCCAGAUGCAUUUCGUUUUGAGAAUGUCAAUGGAUAUACCAACUGCUGCUUUGGAUUUCACCGGUUGGCAGUGGUUGACCAGCUGUUUGGAAUGCAGCCAAUUCGAGUGAAAAAAUAUCCUUACUUGUGGCUGUGUUACAACGGUGAAAUCUACAACCACAAGAAGCUGCAACACCAUUUUGAAUUUGAACACCAGACCAAAGUGGAUGGUGAGAUAAUCCUUCAUCUUUAUGACAAAGGAGGAAUUGAGCAAACAGUUUGUAUGUUGGAUGGGGUAUUUGCAUUUAUUUUACUGGAUACUGCCAAUAAGAAAGUAUUCUUGGGCAGAGAUACCUAUGGAGUCAGACCUUUGUUUAAAGCCGUGACAGAAGAUGGAUUUUUGGCCGUGUGUUCAGAAGCUAAAGGUCUCAUUAACUUGAAGCACUCCAUGACUCCUUUUUUAAAAGUGGAGCCUUUUCUCCCAGGACACUAUGAAGUUUUGGAUUUAAAGCCAAAUGGCAAAGUAGCAUCGGUGGAAAUGGUUAAAUAUCAUCACUGUAGAGAUGAGCCUCUGCAUGCCCUGUAUGACAGCGUGGAGAAACUCUUCCCAGGUUUUGAGAUAGAAACUGUGAAGAACAACCUCCGAAUCCUUUUUGACAAUGCCAUUAAGAAACGUUUGAUGACGGACAGAAGGAUUGGCUGCCUUUUGUCAGGUGGCUUGGAUUCCAGUUUGGUUGCUGCCAUCCUGUUGAAGCAGCUAAAAGAGGCCCAAGUACAGUAUCCUCUCCAGACAUUUGCAAUUGGCAUGGAAGACAGUCCCGAUUUACUAGCUGCUAGAAAGGUGGCAAAUCAUAUUGGGAGCGAACACCACGAAGUCCUCUUUAACUCUGAGGAAGGCAUUCAGGUCCUGGAUGAAGUCAUAUUUUCCUUGGAAACUUAUGAUAUUACAACAGUCCGUGCUUCAGUAGGUAUGUACUUAAUUUCAAAGUACAUUCGGAAGAACACGGAUAGCGUAGUGAUCUUCUCUGGAGAAGGUUCAGAUGAACUUACACAGGGUUACAUAUAUUUUCACAAGGCUCCUUCCCCUGAGAAGGCCGAGGAGGAGAGUGAGCGGCUUCUGAAGGAACUGUAUUUGUUUGAUGUUCUCCGAGCAGAUCGAACUACUGCUGCCCAUGGCCUUGAACUGAGAGUCCCCUUCCUGGAUCAUCGAUUUUCUUCCUAUUACUUGUCUCUGCCACCAGAUAUGAGAAUCCCCAAGAAUGGGAUAGAAAAACAUCUUCUGAGAGAGACGUUUGAGGACUCCAAUCUGAUACCUAAAGAGAUUCUCUGGCGACCAAAAGAAGCCUUCAGUGAUGGAAUAACCUCAGUUAAGAAUUCCUGGUUUAGGAUUUUACAGGAAUACAUUGACCAUCAGGUUGAUGAUGCGGUGAUGGCAAGCGCAGCCCAAAAAUUUGCCGUCAAUACUCCCAAAACGAAAGAAGGCUAUUACUACCGUCAGAUCUUUGAGCGCCACUACCCGGGCCGCGCCGACUGGCUGCCUCAUUACUGGAUGCCCAGGUGGACUAGCGCCACUGACCCUUCCGCCCGCACUCUGACCCAUUACAAGGCCGCUGCCAAAGCUUAGGUAUUACCUGAGCCGUGGAGUGAAAGUAAACAUUUCUUCUCAUUGUGAAGGGUAGUGGGCUUGGGGGCAGGAAGGGUCAACUGCCCAGGCUUGCUUGGGUGUGAAAAAAUAAAAGUCUUAAAUCUGAA